GUAUCUUUCCCUCUUUGUGGGCAAUUGUGAAAUUUCAGUUCUGCAAGGCAGAUGUCACACGGUUGUUCUUGUGUGUAACAUCUGACUUUUGGUUUAACGUUACCAACCUCACCCGGGAAUGGACUGGGGUGUAUAACGGGAUAUUUUCUUUCCUUAAUCAUGACUCCUUUACAGUUUUGCUUUUUACUGUCGCUGCUUUGCGCCCAAUGCUGGGGGUUUUUUUCCGACUACAAAUUGUGUGGCGAUCCCGGAUGUGAAACUCUCUUGGGUCGUGUUCAGGCCACCAAAGAUUUCAAAGGACCCGAUUGCAGGUUUUUAAACUUCAGAAGCGGAGAUGCCAUAUUUGUGUAUUUCAAGCUUUCCGGUAAAAGGGAGGAUCUUUGGGCAGGAAGUAUUGACAAGCAAUUUGGCUAUUUUCCAAAAGAUGCUGUUGAAGUUGAGGAAGUUUACACGCCUAAGGAAAAAGAAAUUGAAUUACCAACACAGGAACUGGAUUUUUUCUGCAUAGAUGAGAAUGGUGCUAUAAUUGAGGGUGAUUUCAGUCAGUCGGACAAUUUGGAUGAACAAGUGGAGCUUCAAGGCCUCCUGGCAGAUGACAUGCAGGGUCUCAGAACUAGCGAACCAAUACAAGUGACUCAGAGCACAAAAACUGUGGACAAAGUGGAAACAAGUCAGACUAUAGUGCAGGAUCCCUUUGAUAAUGCCAAGUCAAAGCCAACUGAACAAGGUGGGUCUUAUUGGAUUGGAUCUGGACUGACUGGAUGGCUGGGUUUAGGAGCCAAAAAUGAGGAGCAAGAGUCUUUUAAGAACAGGAAGAUCGCUCUGGAUGUUAACCAGUUAGAGGAGAAUGAAAGGACUGAAACGGCUUCCUGGCUUAGGGGACAACUGGCUGGGGUUUUUAGUUUUGGUCAAAGAAGUCCAGAUACUGCACCUAAGGAGCCGAUAAACCAAAUUAAAGAUGAGGGUUUAACAGAGAACCCCAAAGACGAGGGUUUAACAGAGAACCCCAAAGAUGAGGGAUCUAUGGCAAACCAAAAGGAAACCACAAACACUGACUCUUGGCUAUACACUGGCAUUGGUGACCUUCUCCAUUUUCAUCAAUCAGUCGAUGAGAAUAGUGAACUUAGAAUAGAAGAUAGCGGGCACCCAGGCACAGAGGAGAAGAUAGUAACUGAGAACCCUCUUAGUUUUAGUGAGCCAGGGGAGAGAUGGAAUGAGGGGAAGAAAAGAGAAAACUCUAGAGUGGAAUUUACAGAUGGCACUAAAGGUUUUUCUUCCAUAGAAAAUAAUGGAUAUGAUAAUGAUUAUAAAAAUGGAAAGCCUCAAAAUGAUGGAGAAAAUGAUGGUUAUGGGAGCAUGUACAGCAGUGUUUUAGAGCUUUAUGGUGAAAAACGUGAGGUUGAGAAUGCCGAUGAUAAUUCGCCUGGGUCUUUUGAAGGUUCACAUGUUCAAGAGCCAGGAUCUGAUACACGAGAUGGGAGCCAGCAUGAGACAACAAAAGAUGUUCAGUCUUUGUUUUCCAUUGGUGGUAUUUCUACCAUGUUUGGUAGUUUGCCAUCAAAGUUUCAGCAGAACAUUAGAGAUGUUAAUAAAGAUGCAGAAAACUACGAUGAGUCAGCCCUAGAAAUGACAGACAAAGGUAAGGACGUCUUGUUAGAACUCCAAACCAGUAAUUCUAAUCCAUCCAGCAACAAUAUUAAACAGGAAAAUAUUGAUAAAGAUGACAAUAAACCAUAUACUAUUCUGUCAAGUACAGGAGAUACAAAUGACCACCAUAUAACUCAGCUAAUACCACAGGAAACAUUAGCAGCUGAGGACAUUCAAUUAGCUGAUGGUACUUCAAAGGCUGGACUUGGGUCGGCAGAUCAGCUAAAGAUAUCAGAUGUCAUUGAGGAUUUGAUAGGUGAUAUAGACAUGAAUUCUUCACAACCCAUAGAAUCAAAUGAAAAAUAUAAUGCAGAUAUUAAUGACAAAACUGCAAGUAGCACUGUUAUUAAUUCAUCAGGCCAAGUCGACAUAAACAGUACUCUGCAAGUACCAAUGGAUCUUAAUAAUGUAGACAGUGUGAUGUCUGGUAAUGUAUCAGUAGAAUAUGCUGUUGAUUAUAUUUCCAAAAUGGAUGUCAGUAAAGAGGAUAAGAAGACUACAGUAGUUCACAAUAAAGGUCAUGACACAAAGACCACUCAGAACCCUGUUGCCAGUUACAGUAAAUCUGUGCAUUCUGAGCGUGGGGAUAAGUCAGCUUUGAUUGAUAGUACGGAGGUCCCAUCUGUGACUAGUAGAGGGGAGGGACUAUCUGUGAUGGAUGUUGUAAAAGGGGCAUCCUUGAUUGGCAGUGGGCCAGAGUCAUCAGUCAUUGACGAUCCCAACAUUGAUAAUGGUUUAUCUGUGGAUGAGACUGUAAUAAACAUUGGGGGCAGGCUGUCAAUAUAUGACAGUGCUGAAAGUUCCCUUAUGUCAACUGAAAUUGCCGAUAGUAGUGGGGGUUUGUCUGUAAUUGACAGUGAAGAGUCAAACAUUGGAAAUGCUGAGCUGUCUGUGGUUGAUGAUAUAGAGGAGUCAACCUUUGAAGAUGCUGAGCUAUCUGUGGUUGACAGCAGAGAGAUGUCAUCCUUGGGAGACGCUGAGCCAUUUGUGUUUGUCAGUGGGAUGCAAUCAGCCUUGGGAGACUCUGAGGCAACUGUGGUUGAUGGCAUGGAGGAGUCAAACUUGGGAGACUCUGAUCCAUCUAUAAUGGACAGUAGAGAGCAGUCACCAAUGGGAGAUAUUGAGCCAUCUGUGGCUGAUGGUGCAGAGGAAUCCACCUUGCGAGACACUGAACUGUCUGUGAUUGACAACAGAGAGGAGUCAGUCAUGGGAGACGCUAAGCCAUCUGUCAUUGACACCAGGGGGGAGGCUACCUUGGGAGAGACAGAGACUUCUGUGGUUGAUGCCAGGGAAGAGUCAACCUUGGGAGUCACUGAGCCAACUGUGGUUGAAAGUGGCGAGGAAUACAUGGUGUUUGUCAAUAGUGAGGGGCCAUCUGUAGCUAACAACAGGAACAAGUUGAUUGUGAAUGAUAAUGGGGAAGAAACAUUCAUAACUGACAGUGGAAAUGAGUCAGCUAUAGAUGACAUAGCAGCACAGGGACCAUCCAUAGUUGACAGUGGAGACAAGUAUGCUGUCUUUGAAAAUGGGGAGGCUCCAUCUGUGAUUGACAGUGGCAGUGAGUUAUCUGGGAUGAAGACUGAGCCAGAACUCUUAGUGGUUGACAAGUUGUCUUUGAUAGAGGUGGUGGGCACUUCACCUGUUUUUGACAAUGAGGAAAUACCAUCUGUAACUGAGAAGGAGAAGGGGUCUCUCGUGGUUGACAGUGAGGAGAGGUCAUCGGUCAGUCAAAAUGUGGAAGAGAUCUUUGCAAUCAUCUCUGACCAAACAGAAUCCGCAGCCAUUGCAGAUGUUUCUGUAACAGAAGAGAACAAAGAAACGAUUGCUUUGAACCAGAUGAGCAUUCAAGAUCCACCUUCUUUUAAACAUUAUUCCACUGAGGGACAACAUGAAAUAAAUUUGGCAUCUUAUGAAAAAGAAGAUCAGGACAAUAUUUGGGAAAAUCAAGCUGAAAUACAAGAGAAAGUAGAUACCAUUAAUAGUGUGACUGCAGACACACUUGUCACUGAGACAUUACAACCAAAGGAAGAUGCAUGUAUAUCUGAAAAUGAGGAGAGACCACCAGAUCCAUUUACUACACCUGAACAAGAAGAAACAGGGCAGCAGGGCAGAGAGAGCAAAGACACGGGUUCUUGCAGCAAAGUAGUAAAUAAUGAACAUUUUGGUGGGACAGAGGACUGGAAGGGAAACAAAGCUGGAGACAUUCGUUCUUCUACACACAUACAGGAGGAUUCAGGAAGUGGAACUUUGCACACUGCCGAACUUGAUUAUUAUAGUUUGCAAACAGAAUCAAGCUUCUCAUCUGGAACAACUGGAAUGGUCACUGAUGAUGGUUCGGGAAAACACGCUGGUAUUUUAAGAGCAGAGCCAGCAGAAGGUGUUACAGAAACACCAAAACCAAAGGAAAGUGCCAACAAAAAACAUGGAGUUGUUGUCGUACAGCCUAACGGAAACCCGCAAUCCACAAAGGAUGCUGUUAAGUUUCCAGAGCAUCUUAAAGAUUACCGAAAUAUCCAGAACUACAUGACUAACCAAGACCUACACCAAGUGUUGGACUUAAUAGGGAAACACAAACUUAUGUGGCUUGACUAUCAGCUGGCAAACCUUCGGGACUGGGAAGCUGUGGAAAAUACUGACGACGACCUAGCUAUACUGUCUGAUUUUGAACGACUUCUACAAUAUCACAUUGAAAUAACUUCUACCUCAAAAGGCAGUCAAGCUGAUGGUGAUACAAAGGAAGCCUCACUUCAAAAAUUAAAAGCUCUUUUAUCUACUUUAAAAAGUACAUUCACACAAGAGAAACCCACUGUCCCUAAACAUUCUAAUCAAGCAGUGACAGAUGGACCUGAGUGCACACACGGCAGCUGUUUUGUCCCUGAAGAAGAUGCAGCAGAGAAGGACAGAAGGAGGUUUGAGGAAGGGGACCUACUCCCCACAGUCCAGGAGGAGACUCCUCUUCAGUCACAGUCAGAGGAUUUACACGAUGGUACAGCUGCUGCUGUUGCUCUGUUUCUAAACCGUACUAGCCAAGUUAUCCUGGAUACUACAGAGUGCCUUCAAGACACUGUAUCACGUUUAACGCAAUUCAUCAUACAGGUGGUGUCCUCCCUCCCUGAUGACUUGAAGCCGGGGCCGGAUUUCUACGGACUGCCGUGGGAAGCGGUGAUAGUGACUGCGCUGCUGGGGAUGCUGACUAUGCUGCUGUUCACCUGCAGAUUGUAUCAGUCUAUAAAAAGUAGAUUCUAUGUCGGGAAGGAGAGAAAGCUGGGCCAGAAGAUAGCAGAAUUACUUGAAGAGAAAUGUAAAGCACUGGAAACACUCAGUCAGUGCAGUCACAGAUAUGAGGAACUGGAAACUGCCCUGCAAAAUGGAGGUGCUUCUGCACAAGCAUCUGAGGGUGAAGAUCUUGAGGCCAUGUCCAAGAAACUCGAAGAGGCAAACGCUAAACUCGGGGAGGAGACCGAACAGCUGAAGGUGGAUUUGAAAGCCCAGAAGUUCAAGCGUUUGCAGCAGGAGGAAACGCUGGCCAGCAUGCAGGAAACACUGAAAAGCCUGGAAGAAGAAUCGAAGAACCUGAAGUCGCAGAUGGAGCAGGCACAAACAACCCUGAAGAUCUAUGACAUUAACGGUGAGAGGUUACAGAAAAGCCUACAGGCAGCCAAGGAGGAGAAUGUGCAGCUUCUGGAGAGUAAAGCCCAGUUGGUACAGGAAGCUGAAGGCUGGGGGGAGCGUCUGAGCGAAUUGGAGGAGGAGAUGAAGAUGUGUGAGAGCUCCCACAAGGACAUGGUGGAGCAGUGCACCAGCAAGGACCAGCACAUUCAGUCUCUGACUGACUGCCUGCUGAAGAUGAGGGACUGGGAUUCAGAGAUUGAGGACGGGUCCGUCCAGGAGAAUGGGGAUGCCUCAGAUAUCCGUCAGAAGCAGAAAGUAGAGAAGCUAAUUUCUGCAGCAAAGGUGAGUGCUGAUCUGAAGUCCCUGGAAGAGGAGAAGAACAGACUGGUUGCCAGACUUACUGAUGAGGUUAAAGCCAAAGAGGACCUCCAAGGUGGCAUUGAGCGGCUCCAGGGCGAGAAGGACUCGCUACAGGCGGAGAGUGUCAUGUUUGCCAAUGAGACACAAAAGCUCCAGAAGAAGCUGCAGAUCAUGACUGAGAUGUACCAGGAGAAUGAGUUGAAGCUGCAUCGGAUGCUGACUGUAGAAGGGAGGGAACGCUUGCAGAAGGAGGAAAAGCUAAGUAAGGCCGACAAGAAGAUCAGUCUGGCCGCUGAGGAACUGAGCACCUACAGACAACGGGCCCAGGAGCUAGAGGAAGAGCUGGAGAAAACCAACCAGGCCUACAAAAACCAGAUCGCGGCCCACGAGAAGAAGGCUCACGACAACUGGCUGGCUGCACGGGCGGCUGACCGGGACCUGGCCGACGUGAAGCGGGAGAACGGCCACCUCAGGCAAAAGCUGACAGACCUCCAGUUUAAGCUGGAGAUGGUGGAGAAGGACCCAUUUGCCCUGGAGGCCCCUGGGAGGUCCUCCUUCAGAGGAGAGAGAUCACCAUUUGGACCGAGUCCGCUAGGGCGGCCCGCCUCUGAGACUAGAGCCUUCCUGUCACCACCUACCCUGAUGGACGGGCCACCACGCUUAUCACCCCAGUUUCCUCUGGGGCCUGGCAGCCGAGUGUCGCAUGGCCCUCCCAGCCUGACAGACGUCCCUGUCGCCAGGGAAGGCCCUCGCUCCGACAGCAGGGGUCCCGGAGCCCCCCCAGGCUACCUGUAUCCAGACCCCAGGCUCCCCUACCGCCGUCCCCCACCACCUGGCGCCUUCCUGCCGGGCCCGCUGCCUCCCAGGGGCCCUGCUUUGGCCGAGGCCCACUUCAACCCAAAUCCCACUGAUAAGUCUGCAGAACUAGGCAGCACCUCCGGCAGCCUCAGAUUGGGCCUCAGUGAGAGCAGAGAUAGCCUGUUGUCUCUUUCUGGGGAGCCGUCAAAUGCCCCUGAUGCAAACACACGGGAGGCCCCUCCCCUGGGCCCCCCACCUCCACUGGCCCCUGUGGACCUCCUCCAUCGUCGAGGCCCCUAUGGUCCCCCCGAGUUUUUCCCUCCCCGAGUCCCCCCCAUGGGCAUGCGUGGGCCACUGCCCCCUGGGAUGUAUCCAAGAUUCCCUCCACUGCCACCCCAUCCCACGGGUUAUCCGCCUGCAGGGCCCCCUCCCGACAACCGGUCUGGGCCCCCCCGCAGACCCUCCCCCCCGGGCAGCGAGCACCCCCCAGACAACCGCCCGUUCUCACAGGACAUGAUCUGAGCUUCCCACCUCCAUUAUUGCAUUACCAGUAGAGGGACAGUUUGAGGCAUGAGCGAGAUGGAGCUGGACCUGGAUUAUGCCUGUGUCCCCUGGCCCACUGAGCGGCCCACCUGCCUCGUCUGGCUUUCCCUUCUUAAAGUGCGCGUGGCAACAUUUGCCGCCGUCGACAAACUUGAAAGGUCAGGGCAUCGUAGGAGUGCAUCAGCUGCCUUUUUCAUGAGCACAGGGAAGCUUUUUAGCAGUAGAAUUUUUAAGGCAAACUUGCCCUUCCUUGAGCUGUAUAUAGAGAAGUUGUAUGGAUAUUGUUAAUAAGUAAUUGUACAUACAAGUCCUUGAUUAAACCCCCUUUUUCCCCUAAACACUGACUAGCAGAUAUGUACUUGUUUGAGCCACCCACAUCAGCUGUCAAUGAAUUACUGUAAUUUAUAACUAAAGGACUGUCAUGUAAAGAACUAAUAAAGUGGAUUCUGGUUGUGCAAGA